AGAUAAAAAAUUGCUUUUUUCAGAUGGAAGAUAAACAUGUAAUUUCUGUUGCUCAGAAGAUCACCUUCAAGAAAAAUUUUUAUUAUAUAUCAUUCAACGCAGUUUCAUAUGUUGAUUUCUAUUUGUGCUGAUAUAGGUCAUAUAGAAGGACUUGUACGCAAAGUGUGAGUAGACUUAGAUUGGUGCGAAGAAGUGCGCAUCCAUUUUGCUAUAACAGAGUGGUUUGGAAAAUUCAUUGCAAAAAUGUUCAUCUUAUUUCUCAAAGGUAACGACUCAAAAUAAAAUUUUUGUUUCACUAGAGAAUGCACGAAUUUUAAAAUAUGUAUUGCUUUUGCCAAUUAGUUGGUUAGAUCUUGAGUAAAAAUUAAUUUUUCGUAAUUUAGUAAUAUUUUUAGACUAAUUCUGGAUCAGGUGAUUUUCUGUGUUACGCAACAAUUUUUACGCAAUCAGAAAGAGUGUAUUUCCAAAUAUACUAAUCACUAUCUGAAUCAUUGAUCACUUGAUUUUCAUUUUUUCACCUAAUAUUCACCCGCCUACCCACACAAUGGACAGCCUGGCGAUAAAAUCGAUUUAUGAUAUCUGAAUCUAGGUUGUAGCUAGCAAUAAAUCUACUAUGAAUCUGCAUUUAAUUACACUUUGAAUUCUAAUUGCAAAUGAGUAGCCGUCUUGCAAUAGCUAUUACCAAAUAGAUAAAAUAAUAUAAAUAAAACGUAUGUUUCAAAUUGAAGUUUUAAUGAUAUUCAUUAGAUGUUAUAUAGUUAUUCAGCGUUAUAUAUUUACUCUAUAUACUACAGACCGUUUGGAUUUACUGAAGAUCCUUCUGCUCCAUUAGAACUAAAAAAUAACGACUGAUGAAUAUGUAAUUUUUUUCCGACACUUUUAUUUAAAUUUGAAUUUACUAUCGGAUUGAGUAUGUCAUCACCAAAUUUAAAUUGGAUGUACUAGCAUACGGAUCCAAAUCCUUGUGAAUAUCCUUUGUCCCAAAUAUAACCUCCGGUAUAGACCUGUUCUAAUUGGCUUCUACUAUGAUCACUCAUUUUUCGAAUUGGCGAAGGUUCAAAUAAAUAAUACAAGUUAAAACUUAUACAUUUUUCAAAGUUUUACAUCGAUUGUUUAGUUCUAAACACAAUCCAUAAAUAGUAACUAUUUGUCAAAAAUCUUUCGAGCGAAAGAGGCUAGAUAAAUCACAAUUAAUCAACAUCAGCUAUCCAAAGUUUACAAAAUUAUUUUUUAGAAAGAAUCUAUUUGCUCAAAUAUACUGUAGGUUUUUUUAUGUAUCAGACAACUGAUAUACGUUAUAGAAUUUUGAGAAGUUGCUCUUUUGAAAAUAUUCAUCGAAACUAAUUGAACUUGAAAAGUUCAUGAAAAAUGCUAUAAAAAUAAUCAUAAUAUAAAUCUUCGGAUGUCUUUUACCAAUAGCUCAAAAUAUCAAAUAUAAAAAAGAAAGAAAUUAUUUAUUUAGGCCAAGUGUUAUUUUACAUAUUCUUAAAACAACAUUAAAAUUAAUUGAAAAAUCUGAAUUUAAUGUUAAUGAAUUAUCAGUAUUAUUCGAUUGUGUUCUUAAUCCAGUUGCUGCUAAAGCUCAAAGAAAAGUUGUUGUACCAAAUGGUGAAGAUGAAUCAAUAACAACAAGUUCACAUUAUGAUAAUAAAGAUUUAUUUUAUGGUGAUAAUGGAGAAAAUUAUAAUUCUAAUUUAUAUUCCGGUGUUACAUUAAGUUAUCAAAAAUCAAAAAAAUAUAUUGAACCAACUGCUGAAGAAUUAGAAAAACAACGAGAAUCAAGAAAACAAAGUGAACAAAUGAAUCCAUUCUAUUUGAAAGAUUCGAAAAAACCAAAAUUAACACAAACGGUAUGA